CUCAAAGGGGGGCGAAUUGAAGCCAGGCUGUGAGAGGACACGGGCGUAAAACAGCAACAGCAUACAGCACCACGUCAAGCUCCGCCUGGAUUUGCUGGGGAAACUCUUCCAAGUGCUCCCUGACACAGGACAAGCAAAAGCGCUUUGUGUAGAACAGGCUGCACUCCUGGGAAAGAAGCACCAGAGGUUCAUGUAAGCCAUGGAAUACUUUUGACUACAUCUUAAACCUUAAAUCAACCCAUUCUGUUUCAUUCUGAAGUGAAGAGAAAAAGGAACAUUUUUUUUUCAGCUAAGGCAUCCUGCCCGUCCAAGACAUUUCAGCUUGUAAAAUUAUUUGAAAACAGCCCUGAAACUUUUUUUAAAUCCCAAAGCGCCUUUUCCAACUUUUGUGCAUCUCAAUGUGGUUGCACAAAUCAGAAACUUUAAUAGUAAUUGUGUAUCAAAUAUGAACACCUGGGACCUGUCAGCCACACUGUCAAAAUAAGCUAGAAGUGACUCUCGAAAACAAAUCCUCCGUUUUUAAACGUUGUCAGGCCCUUUUCAGACGUUAUUGGUCCCAGCCCUUAGUUGGCCGCCAUGUAUGGCAGUGCCCGCUCAGUUGGCAAAAUGGAUGCCAGCAGCAGUGGUAGCAGCCAGAGCCCAGGGCGCUCGCCGCGACUGCCUCGCUCCCCGAGACUGGGCCACCGGCGGACGAACAGCACUGGAGGGAGCUCGGGCAGCAGCGUGGGCGGGGGCAGUGGGAAGACCCUCUCCAUGGAGAACAUCCAGUCGCUCAACGCUGCCUACGCCACCUCGGGGCCGAUGUACCUGAGCGACCACGAGAACGUGGGGGCCGACGUGCCCAAGAGCACCAUGACGCUGGGCCGCUCGGGGGGGCGCCUGCCCUACGGGGUGCGAAUGACGGCCAUGGGCAGCAGCCCCAACAUCGCCACCAGCAGCGGCGUGGCCAGCGACGCCAUCGCCUUCGGGGACCACCACCUGCCGGCGGUCAGCAUGGCCUCCACCGUGCCGCACUCGCUGCGCCAGGCCCGGGACAACACCAUCAUGGACCUGCAGGCCCAGCUGAAGGAGGUGCUGCGGGAGAACGAGCUGCUGCGCAAGGAGGUGGAGGUGAAGGAGAGCAAGCUGAGCUCCUCCAUGAACAGCAUCAAGACCUUCUGGAGCCCCGAGCUGAAGAAGGAGCGGGCCCUGCGCAAGGACGAGGUCUCCAAGAUCACCGUGUGGAAGGAGCAGUACCGGGUUGUCCAGGAGGAGAGUCAGCACCUUCAGAUGACCAUCCAGGCGCUGCAGGACGAGCUGAGGAUCCAGCGCGACCUUAACCAGCUCUUCCAGCAGGACAGCAGCAGCCGCCCCAGCGAGCCCCUGGCCUCCGAGCUGACCGAGGAGAACUUCCAGCGGCUGCACGGCGAGCACGAGCGGCAAGCCAAGGAGCUCUUCCUGCUGCGCAAGACCCUGGAGGAGAUGGAGCUGCGCAUCGACACGCAGAAGCAGACGCUCGGCGCCCGCGACGAGUCCAUCAAGAAGCUGCUGGAGAUGCUGCAGAGCAAGGGGCUGUCGGCCAAGGCCAGCGAAGAGGACCACGAGCGCACUCGCCGCCUGGCAGAGGCCGAGAUGCAUGUCCACCACCUGGAGAGCCUGCUGGAGCAGAAGGAGAAGGAGACCGCUGCCCUGCGCGAGGAGCUUCACCGACAGUUUGAAGGUGCCCCUGAAUCCGCCAAAACUAAGGCCCUGCAGACCGUCAUUGAGAUGAAGGACUCUAAGAUCAACUCCUUGGAGCGUGGCCUGCGGGACCUGGAGGAGGAGGUUCAGAUGCUGAAGUCAAAUGGCGCCCUGAGCACUGAGGAGCGGGAGGAGGAGAUGAAGCAGAUGGAGGUGUACCGCAGCCAUUCCAAGUUCAUGAAGAAUAAGGUAGAGCAGCUGAAGGAGGAGCUAAAUCAGAAAGAGGCCCUGGGGGAGGAACUGAGAAAGCGGGCGGCUGACCUGCAGCUCGAGAUCGACCAGGUGAAGCAGGAGUUGUCGCGGAAGGACACGGAGCUGCUGGGUCUGCAGACAAAGUUGGAGACGUUGACCAACCAGUUCUCUGACAGCAAGCAGCACAUUGAGGUGCUGAAGGAGUCUCUUACUGCCAAGGAGCAGAGGGCUGCCAUCUUGCAAACUGAGGUGGAUGCCUUGCGGCUGCGUCUGGAGGAGAAGGAGACCAUGCUGAACAAAAAGACCAAGCAGAUCCAGGAGAUGGCGGAGGAGAAGGGGACGCUCAACGGGGAGAUCCACGACCUCAAGGACAUGCUCGAUGUCAAGGAGCGCAAAGUGAACGUCCUGCAGAAAAAGAUUGAGAACCUUCAGGAGCAGCUGAGGGACAAGGAGAAGCAGAUGAGCAGCCUGAAGGAGAGGGUGAAAUCCCUGCAGGCCGACACCUCCAACACUGACACUGCCCUCACCACGCUGGAGGAGGCCCUGGCUGAAAAGGAGCGCAUCAUCGAGCGCCUGAAGGAGCAGCGAGACCGAGACGAGCGCGAGAGGACGGAGGAGCUGGAAAGCAACAGGAAGGAGCUGAAGGAGCUGAAGGAGAAGCUCAGCUUGCUGCAGGGAGACCUGUCGGACAGGGAGACAUCUCUGCUGGAUCUGAAGGAGCAUGCCUCCUCCCUGGCCUCCUCUGGCCUCAAGAAGGACUCCAAGCUGAAGAGCAUGGAGAUCGCGCUGGAGCAGAAGAAGGAGGAGUGCCUCAAACUAGAAAACCAGCUCAAGAAGCACACUGAGCUCAUCUCAGGCCAUCCUCCUACACUUGCCCAGGAUGCUGCCAUGGAGGCGCGGGCAAGCACAGAGCUGGCAGAGCGCAUCCAGGCCCUGGAGAAGGAGGUGGCGCAGCACCGCGAGGAAGCCACCAAGGCCCAGGCCGAGGUGGACCGCCUGCUGGAGAUCCUGCGUGAGAUGGAGAAUGAGAAGAAUGACAAAGACAAGAAGAUUGCCGAGCUGGAGAGCAUGGCUUCAAGACAGAUGAAAGACCAGAGCAAGAAGGUGGCCAACCUGAAGCACAAGGAGCAGGUAGAAAAGAAGAAGAAUGCCCAGCUGCUGGAAGAGGCUCGGAAGAGAGAGGAUAACAUCAGUGAGAGCUCCCAGCAACUUCAGGACACCCUGCGGCAGAAGGAUAACCGCAUCGAGGAGCUGGAAGAAGCCCUAAGGGAGAGUGUGCAGAUCACGGCUGAACGUGAGAUGGUGUUGGCGCAGGAAGAGGCCGCCCGCUCACACGCCGAGAAGCAGCAAUUAUAUGAGCCAAUGCAUGACUCCAACCACGCUGGCUUUAAGUGGUUCAAGAUGGAAGAGCUGUUGGCGGCCAUGGAGAAGGUGAAGCAGGAGCUGGAGUCCAUGAAGGCCAAGCUGUCGUCCACGCAGCAGUCCCUGGCAGAGAAGGAGGCCCACCUCACCACGCUGCGAGCCGAACGCAGGAAGCACCUGGAGGAGGUGCUGGAGAUGAAGCAGGAGGCCCUGUUAGCAGCCAUCAGUGAGAAAGAUGCCAACAUCGCCCUGCUGGAGCUUUCCUCCUCCAAGAAGAAGAAGACACAGGAUGAAGUAGCUGCCCUCAAAAGGGAAAAGGAUCGUCUGGUCCAGCAGCUUAAACAGCAGACACAAAACCGGAUGAAGCUGAUGGCCGAUAACUAUGAGGACGACCACCUGAAGGCCUCUUCACAUUCCGACCAGACUAAUCACAAGCCCUCUCCAGAUCAGAUCAUCCCCCCUCUUUUAGACCUCAACCAGAACCGCAGUAAGCUGAAGCUGUAUAUUGGACACCUGACCGCACUCUGCCAAGAACGUGACCCCCAGAUUCUUGAGGGCUUGGCCCCCCCCACCUCUUAUCUCCACGAUGACCGAGCAGCUUGGGAGGACGAGCUGCAGAAGAUGAGCCUGGAGCAGCUGGAGGCGGAACUUGAGAAGUGCGAGAAGGAGAGUGCCGAGCUGCAGGAGUACGCCAACUCAGUGCUGCAACAGAUCGCCGACCACUGCCCCGACAUCCUGGAGCAGGUCGUCAACGCCCUGGAGGAGUCGUCGUGACAACCUGCUGGGCUGACGCCUGCCUCCCAGGCCCAUCACUCUCUUGCCUGCUCCCAUACUGCCACAUUGCCCUCUGGGAGCUCGUGAGUGUGCGUUCGAGUUUUACAUCAGAAGAGGAUUAGAGAAGAGCGCAGCCGUCGAAUCCCACUUGAAUUGGGCUAAAGAAAUGGCAAACAGAAAUACCAACUUUAAAAUUAAGAUUUUAGUUUUGUCCACAGUUUAGUUUUGAGGCUCAGCUUGAUUACUUUCAGAAAUAAGUGCUCAUGAGCGAAGAUAAAGGUCAAAUGACUGCCCAAUAGAAAAGGUAGAAAAGUUUAAUUGUCAGUUUCCGUGUAUUUUUUGUAUCCUGCACCUUCUAACUCUGCUGCUGUCUGUCAGUAGCAACACACCUGAGUGUAGCUCCUGAGACAGAUCAACUGCACAAUUUCAGUUUCUUCAGAACUGAACACUAGAAUACAAAGCUUUGCCUGAUCAUCACAGGAUACAAAUAUACACUAUAUAUACAAGCUGACAUAUAAAUAUCAAAUUGUACACUUUUUCUAUUGACUGUCAUAAGAGUCAAAUAAUAACCACACCUCCUUACCUAGGCCAAAUUUACAUUACAAAUAUGAGGAUUGAUUACAAUUCUUUUACAGGGCUUCACUGCUGAAAGCUUAAAAUAUACCCGUAUGUUAUUCAGGAAAGCUCAGUUGAAUGUCUAGCCAUGUGGCAUCCAAAAGAGAUUUAACAUUGACAGAUUUUAUAAUCUCUAGGUGCAACAGCAUUGUCAAGAAAACAAGGUGACAGUUUUAGUUUUGCAUGCAUGCUGUUUUAUUUUAUUGUUUUUUUUCUCUUUGUUCACUUUUAAAAUCUUUAAAACCAAUCUAUUAUUUAAAGCUGUUACAAACUGUUGUAAAAGGCAAAUUGAAAAGUUACUAACAGUCGUGACAGGUCACUUUUCCGUGGCUAUAAUAAUGUUACUUGACACAAGGCCUUUGAAUUUCAUUAUGAUAUAGGAAAAUUAAAAGCUCUGGGGUGAAAGUUUUAGCUUUGCAGACGUAGCUCUGAAAACAUCAGAAUAGAUCAUAUCAGAAUUUCACCUGGAGUUGUUACUACAAGUGUGCUGAAUACAGAAGAUUCGAGCUCUGAAGUCUUUUGUUGACCAACAUAUUUCAAUUCAAGGGAGGGCUGCACUUUUAAAUGACCAUUUGGCACUAAUGUGCUAUUCAUCCCGCAUUUUUUAAUUGUAUGUACAGUCUUUUAAACUUGUUAACAAAAGCAAGGUAUUGUUUCACCUUCAUCCAUUGACAUAAGCUUUACAAAUAAAUAAAUCUUAAUAGCUACUGUGGGAACUGGGGAGAGCACUUUGUUAAUUAUUUUAUUACUGACAUAUCAAUGCAGAAUUUAAUUUUAUCACAUUUGCCAAAUGAAUGGGCAACCAGUAGCACAAUGCAGCUCUGCUCUGCUACUGAGAUUACAGAAAUCUAUGAUGUGUAAAAGAGUUCUCAACAGGUCUUGCUGAUGGCAAUUAAAAACUGUAUUAGAAUUCAAAGCUUAACUUGACUUGAAAGAGUAGACAUUACCUUGAAUUAAAAGAGACCAGAAGAUUAUAGACACACAUCUCUCUAAAAGUGUAACCCUCUUUGAAUUAAAUGCAUCAUUCACAAAAGGAGCUUGAAACUAUUUGGUAACAGUCUGUAUGCUAGCUAUCCAUUUAAACCAUAAUUUAAAUGAUACUAUAUUAUUACUCAUACUAAUCAUUUGGAUAAGGUAACAUUCUCUUCAUGGUGUUGAAAAACAUUAUAUAAAUGCCUUUUAUUUGCAAAUUUUUGCUGCUAUUUUUUGUUUUGUUAUUGUUUUCAUGGUUUCAUGAAACAAAGAUCUACCAAUUUCCUGGUCACCCUUAGUGAUACCAUGUUGUCUUUGGAUGAAAAGAACUGUUAUCUAAUUUUGUGUUGUAAUUGUUCAUUUGUACAUAGGACCUCAGUGCUGUAUCUUCAUGGGAGUUUUCUUUUUUAACCAUCCAUUAAAAAAAGUUAAACUCGCACAUAAAAACAAUUGGGGUUUCAUAGUUCUUGGCUGAGGAAAUAGACACUUGACUGAAUGUAGCUAAGCAGACUAACUCUGUGGAGAUGAACUGGCUGUAUUUUAAUUGUAAAAUGUUCUAUAAACUGCUGACAAACAGGUGCAAUGUGUCAAACAGCUUAUUCCCGAAAGGUUCCUGUAUUCCCUCGGCUUACAGCAAAUCUACAUCUGUUUCCUACGAUGUUUAUGAGUGAAAAAUAAUCACAAAAAGCAUUGAAAUAAAGAUAAAUUAAACAAGAGUGCACCCCUGAAGGCAGCCAAGUGACAUUAUAAAAUUAUACCUCAAUCAAGGCAGUUCGUUAAUCUUAUUACGUCCCAUUUGUGUGAAGGAAGAAAACAUUGGGUUUUUUUUAAAUAUCAACUUAAUUGGGAAUUUUUUUAGAAGAUGUAUAUUAAAAGUAUUUGUUUACCAACUUUGUUUAGCUACAUCUAAAUAACAUCAAAUGAAUCUGUGGCAUUGUUCUGGCAUAGAAUAUCUAUUGACAUCCACCAGAUCCCAGUGCGUUUAAAACUGGUUAUUUUGCAAGAUGUAGUAUAGUUCUUGUACUCUGGUGUUAUUUUUAAACUGCUAAGUAACAAACACUUAUAGGUCUUUUGGCUACCAGUCUUCCAAACAGGUAGGAACUGAUCCAGGCCACGCUGUUCUGUUCAGUUAAAAAUACUUAGAACUUUUUCCCCUGCACAAGCACUGUAUCACUUGCACAUGCUGUAAGUUUUCUGGUUUUGUGUUGGGUUUUCAUCAUCCUGAUCUGGGUGUUUAGUUGUGUUUUUUUUUUUUUGAUAAUUUGGAUCAAUCUGACUCCCAGGAAACAGGCUCGUGUCUUAUAUACAGUAAUAACAGUGGGCCUUGCAAGCAACACAGAAUAUACUAGUAAAGUUUGCAUCACACAAUACUACUUGAAUGGUAGAAUGGAGAAGUAACUUACAAGAUUUCAUAUAGAGUACAGAUGUUGUCAUGUAUAGACAUAAAGUAGAUUGUUAUGACUCUGCAGGCAUUAUUCUGCAUCUACAAAAUGUUAUUCUAAAGGCGGUGUCCCAAUAUAGCAAUAAUAAAGUUAUCCAGAAUUGAUGAUGAGUGCGCUUUGCAGGAAACCUUUGUAACUAAAGAAUAUAAAAAUCAUUCCAAUGCAGUGAUUUCACCUUCGGCAGGCGUGAUCCAACUCUUGUUAGAGAGCCGCCACUCUUUGCUCUCUCUUAUCAAAUUGACACACCAUACUGUUUUUAUCAGUUUUCCCAGCACGCACAAACAGGAGCAUUCUUGGAUUAGCUGGGCAUUAGGAGAUCAAAUACUGAAUUAAAUGUUUAACACACAAAAGUAAAACAUUUUGCUUUCAAAAAGCUGGAUAAGAAAGAAAACAAGAAACAUGAAACAUAAACAAAAAAGAAGAAAAGUCUAGAGGACAUGCUAUCAGCCAUCAGCCUUCUGUUUGCUGCUGUUUGGUACAAUUUGAUAACAUGGGUAGAUUAAGUGGAGUACAGUUCUUGAAAGCAUUUUUUGUUCUGCAAUUUUCACAGUUUUUGCUGGAAAUAUAUUUGUGUCAGCGGCUGUGAUUAGGAAAGGUUUCUUGUUUUCUCUUCCCCCGCCAUCACUCUCAGUAUUGCUCUCAUGUCAUAGGCCCUGAAGCAAAUUGGAGGAUUUGCUUUUUAUAGUGGAGGUAUUUAAACUCUGAAAACUGUGCUGUCUCAGUAAAAAAGACAACCUCCCUGUGUUCAAGGCCUUUAAUCUACCAUAGGCCAUUUAUACACUGCAAUACAAUAGAUGCUUUCCAGGCAGGUCACCUGGUCUGAUGUCUGACAGUUUUCCUUUCUUAGGAACCUUAGGAUCUAGUGAAUCAGAAUGCUAAGGCUUCUCCAACCAAACACUACUCUCAACAGGGAGUCGAAUUUAAAUUUGUCAUUUUUAUACAUAAUUCCACUAUUAGUUAUACAAUUCUCAAAACAGAAUGCCUGGUAAGUAGGACUGCUGUUAAAUGUUUGGAAAGCAGACCCGUCGUGUGCAAGUCCUGAAUUGUACUAGGCUUUUGAAUUGAAGUCCUUUUUUCUUUCAUUCCUUGGGAGCCUUUGGACUGUUUCUGAAGAUCCCUAAGGAUUACCAGACCCCUGGUUGAUAACCAUGGCCGUACUUAAAGUCAGGGCCUGUUAUUUAAGUCACUGUUGAGUAGCCACAGAUGUACCGUGGAGAUCUCAGCUGUAGCUAUUCAGAGGGGCGUGUUUUCUGGGGGCAAAGGUAUCUGACACAUAUUCUGCGAUUAGGCAGGGCCAUGUGGUGCUGACUGCUGGUUUCAGUUGGCCUUGACAGGAGAGGGAUUGAAAUUUAGUCGCAUACCAGAACUCGUGGCCUCUAGAAUCAGGGGGAUAAAUGCACAACAUAAAAAUGGUAAAAUACCAUCAGCUUAAUGCCCACUAUGCCCACUAUUCAGAAUCAUACUUCUAUCAAGUCAGAGAAGAAUAAUCUAUGCAGCCUAGGCAGUAGUUAAUGAGACAAAUGGACAUAACUGUUUUGUUUCUACUGGCGGCAGUUGGGUUUUGUUUCUUUGACGUCAUUGGUCCCAGUACUUUGCUUUCCUUUUCACACUUCAUCAUAAAACCCCAAUGGAUUUUGAGUUGGUUCUCCAAAGCUUUUUUGAUCACAUCAUGAGAAAUGGCCCUGACAUCUGUGUCAUUGACAUCUCUAUCCCAUGAGCUGUACUGAACAGACCGGCAGAUUGGGUGUAUCAGCUUUAUGAGUGCAUGUUUACAGAAACACAGGGUGGCUAUGGGGAAAUAAACAUCCUUUCUUGCUGACAGGAAAGAAUGACGCGUUGCUCACACACCUUGAGCAACUGAGCUUCGUCAGUGACAGCAAAAGCACAUUUUUCACAGAUCACAUCAUCAGCUCACUGUAAACAGCCUCUUUAAUCAGCAAUUAAGAUAUAUGGGCUCCAGAGUAACAGCGUUGUGGAUAAAAGCCUUCAAGUUAUCCACCAGCUGUGGAAAGUAGGCAAUCACUGUUGAAUUUUCUGGCAUAUUUCAUUGUCCUCUGUGCAGUUCAUCUGUUGUCAAAGGCCUUGGGCUUGCGUCUGAGUUUCCAGAUUAGGUCCUGUGGUGCAUCUCCAUGAAACAUUAUUUUCUUUUGGGUUCAGUGAGAAUGUGAGUGUGUUCCUUGCCUUUGUUUUUCUUUUUGUGCACCUCAAUAAGAUAUAGGAAAUUAUUAUCCCUCUCAAAAGCCCUCACAGCUGCACAGGAGAGUGGAGCACUGGAUAGCCCCAUAACCUUUUUUCUGCUGUGAGCUUUGCUGCACUGAACUGCAUGUUCAUACUGUAUGUUGCUCACUCAUGCACUGCCAGUGCGCUGUGUCAGUGGCACAACUUAAGGAAUCCCAGUCACAAAAGACUGUUAAUGUAAUGCUGUUGCCCAGAGUGGAAUAAGCAUUUCUGGACUAGAGGUGUCUUUUCUGAACAGGCUAUUUGGGAUCCCCUCCAAGAUGGGGUUUCUUUCUUAAAAGGCAUAAGGGCAAAAGGGGAAACAAACGAGGAAAAGCCCUAAAGGAUUUAAGAAUGUUGCUUUUUUGUGUUGCUUGAAAGUAUUGAAGCUUACCUGUUUUGUUGGAGCUGACCUUCACAGCAAUGCCAAAAUGACCUCUGACCUGUCAUCAAGUAGCUGGAGUUGUUGUGUCAUCUUACUUACCUGUCCAAUUUGAUCAAGCAGUGAACUGGUUAUUAACAGUUUUGCUGUUGUAAUUCUCACUCUACACUGGGUAGAGUUAAAAGUUGAGGCCAGCCAUUUGUGAACAAAUCCAGCCUUUUUUUUUUUGACGUUAACCUACUUCUACUACGUUUAACAGAACCACUGUGUGGUUAGAGGAGAAAAAAUGCUGAGAAUGUCAAAAAGUAUUAUAAUAUGAGGUUUCAAAAGAAUCUGCUUAACACAAAGCCAGCUAUUUAUAUACACAUACACAGUAAAUAUGUAGUUUAACUUCAUUGAAAUUUUUAACAAAAAGACAACUUCAGAAACUGGUGAUGUAUAACAUCUUGGACCUUAAUGUCAUUUGUCAAAAGGAAAUAUCUUCUUCUACAUUUAUGCCUUUCAGAAAUUAUUAUAGCAUGACCUUUCUAAUGUCAAUAUCUACAUUCACAGUGCAUGGAGACCUUCACUGUUAUCAAAGCAAGCCUUUGACUGUUUCACACUUGGACUGCACAGAGCCCAAAGGCUUAGUAUAGUCUCUCGUAAUGAAUCUCUGCCCUGAGUCUGGUUAAGGAUAAUCUCAGAUGUUGCAAGAAAAAAAAGUUAUGGGGUAUCUUUAGAACUCAAUAGAUAACUACACUAUCUCAAUCGCACAAGAGUGUUUUAUUUCUUAGUGUCAGAGAGAAGUUCUAAAAAAAAGACUCAUUACAUUUUUUCACCGGUACAGACAGCUAAUAAUUUCAUUGUUAUUUUUUGUUGUCUUUUUUUUAGUUAUUAUGAGCUACAUGUUAGGAAUGACAAGAUAAAGUCACCUGAACGAGCUCGUGAAAAGGGAUCUGCGGUUUGAUUUAUUGCUUGUUACUCUACCCACCGAUGAACUGGAAAUUCUUAAAAGUGACCGUGGUGCACUGUAAAACAUAUUUGAAGAGACAGAAGUUUUCCUUGUAGCACACAGCCCUUGAUUGUUUCCAGGGAGCUAAAGCAGAUCUCUCUUGCUGUCAGGUUCUUGUCCAUAUAAAGUUGUGUUCUCUUGCCCCUGGAAAAGCUUUGCCAAGACUUUUCUCCAGUUCUCUUCUCACAUCUGUAAACUGGAUGUAUAGACACAUCUCAUCAGGACACCAACUGUUUCUCUUGCUUCUGUUAAAUUAUGAAUGGAAGGUGUAAAUGGUCAAUAUCUCACACUUUACUGCCCAAACAGCAGCUUCAGACUAAACAGAUGCAUACAGAGUGAAUGAGAUUUAUAGCCUGUGAUGUGGGAAUCAUUUUGAAGAAUUUCUGUGGGCUCACACCAGCUACAUUUCUUCAGAGGAUCCUUUUUAAAAGCUUACUUUAUAAACAGAUAAGCCACAUCAGUUACCUUUUGAAUUAAAGGUUGAUUUUAAAGCAUGUUUUGGAUUACCAAACCGUUAACUCAUUCCCUGCAUGAUAAAAUAUAAAUAAAUCCAAAAAGAAAUUCAGCUCUUUCCCAGCAUUCAGCAGUCCUUACAGUCAAUCACAAAUUGUUUUAUUUUCCCUUGUCACACACUUCAAGGCUUAAGAAGCUUUUUUAUUUAAAAGAUAAAAUGAUCUCAAACCAUCUCAGAUCCAUUUCUCGUCUAAGUUGAUUGGUUUACCAAAUGAAGUUCUUGCUGGUGUUAAGAGAUCUAGUUUUCUUUCAAUUUUGAGGACACAAAUCAAGGCAUCUUCUUACUGCAAUUGACACCACAAGAAAAAUAGAAGACUAGUUGUUUGGGACCUUCUGAAGUUGAUGACUAAUGUGCAUUUUUCACCUAAAAUAGAACACCCGAAUGUAAAAUGUCUUAUUGACUUAAGCAGGUUAACUUGACUUAAGCAUGUUAGUAGGUGUGAGCUUUUUAUGUAAUCCUUCAAUAUUUCCUUGUCUUCAAAAAACAUUUAAAUGGAAAUUUCCAUGCCUAGACCGAGUUUGUACUUUCAAUUAAAUACAUUACAUCAUACCAUGUAAUGUACUUGUAACAGCACUGGGACCUGAUGCAGCCUCUACUCUUAUCUCAUCGAGGCUAACUGACUGACUUCUGAAAGAUAAUUUACGGUGCAGCUAACAAAUUGGUUCCCUCCUUUGUUAUUGGAAUUGUGGUGAAACAUUUGCUCUGGCCAACAAAAUUGACUAAACCUUAAGACCUGUAUGGGUUAUACAGUUAAACAUUAAACAUACCACACACAGUUGUCCCAUAGGAAAAUUAGCAUGUUUUUUUUUUUAAUUGCAUAUUUUACUGAACAGAACUGCGUUUUUAAAGCACUGAAAAUAAAGUUGUAUAUUUGGGUAUCAUUAAUAGAUAACAGGCAUAUUCAGUGUUGCAUUAGUAUUUAACUUAAACACAGUGUCUUCUUCCCAUUUAAAUAAAAAAUGUCAGAUAAGCAAUACUCACUUUUGGUGCUGGAAAGCCCAUCAUAGCCUUUUGACUUUAUUGAAUCAGUUCUUGGCCUUGCUGUUACCUAAGUCUGUAGUCAUUGGCAUGUUUCAGUGACUUAUUAAAAUACUGCAGCGUUCUGGCUCUCAGCGUCACUGGCGUCAUAGAUCUGGUAAGAGAGGUGUUUAUGUAGUGAGUUUUUUUUAUAUUUUAAAAAAGAUAAAAACUUCUAACUGUUGAAUAUUAGUGAAACCCUGAAGGUAUUGGAAGUGUGAGGUUUUAAGGGGGCUCAGCUGAUCUCUGGUGCUAGAAGUCAAAAUGCAACAUUUAGAAACUUUGUACUGCUCAACCCUCUGCCCCCAACACCACAACGAGCAUCCUGACAGCCUUCAGUUUUUUUGUAUGUUUUUUUUACAUAAAACCGUGAUAGCCAUCCAAUACUCCUACAGCUCCAAGGUUAUCUCUGAAUUGCAAAACAUUGUGAGGUCCCUUUAAAAAAUGAAUGAACCCGAUAAUGUUGUAAAUGUGUAUAACAUGGAAAAAAAAUGAGUGCAUUAGUCCUGUAUGUCAGUAGUUCAUUUUGAAACUUCAAGUGACGGUUCUGACAGGCGUGUUUUUACAUAUAUGUAUAUAAAUACAUGGAUAGAUAGAUCUAGUAUGAAACUUUGCACAGUCUGAGGGGAAGGAAACAAUCCUUCUGAACAAAAUGGCUGCCCCCCUGCCCCUCCCUCCAAAAUCUUUUUAAAACAAUACACUUGUGGGAAACCUUUUUAGUGUCAUAACAAGGUGUAAGCGCAACAAUCUUGAAAAGUUUCUGUGUGUUUGAAAAGUACUGUACUUCUGUACUUGGUAUCUCUAUAUUUUUCGUUUUUCUUUUUUGCAGCCUGUUGGUUAUGUCCGUGUGAUUCUGAGACUGCAUUUUUGAACCUACAACGUGUUUUCCAUCAGCCUAUCUCAAAAUAACAUUUGUGUCUAUCUGGGGAGAGCUCCAACCUAGACUUGCUUCUUUUAGGUUUACAAUCCAAGACCUCUGUUUCUAGACUAUGAUACUAUUCUAUUGGGGCUGCUGGUAAAAUAUACAUUUAGUUCUUGUUCAUCUAUGAAGUUCAUUUUGCAUCCCAUGAAAUAAAAUGUUGCUGAAUACAGAUCUGUUAAGUUUUUUUAUGUUAUAAUGUAAAAACAAAAUUGUAAAUAUAAGACUCCGCUUUUUGUUUUCUUUAAUUUUGUACCUUCUCGUGCUGAAUAUAAUCCAAGCAAUGUCUACGUCUAUAAGUAAAGUAGUGAAGUUGUUCUCACCACUGUAAAGACUGGGAUUUUUUAUCUUUGAAGUUAGAGUAGUAUCAGAUGAACCAUAGAAAAAAAUAGUCUAUGGUAUCGUUAGUUUUCAGAUAUUAAAUUCAUAUAUUAUCUAUUGCACAAAAUAAAUCCAUUGUAGGAUUAUUCUCCUUAUGCAGUCCAUAAAUGUAUUGUUAAAAAUCAGGAACAUGGAAUCAGCCAUACAAAACAUCAUCACAAGAGCUGUAUGGAUGGUAUUUUUAACUUUUUAAAUUCUCCUUUGAAAAAGAACAUAAAAAAUCUACAACUUGCCCCUUAUCUCUGAUAGUGACAUUUUUUAGAUUGUAGCUUCAAAUAGAAAUGAUGAGAAAAAUAGGUCAUGCUCGUUUUGAAUGAUAUGUUUCAAUACCAACAAUAGGCAAAGCAACUCAAUCUCAAACAUUCAUGAACGCUUAGUGUUUCUCAUGGUGAACUGAAAGCAUGCUGCCCCAAACGUCUAUAUCUUCUUUAAAGAUUGGUUUAAUCCCAGCCACUGCAGUGCCAAAACUUUUUACAGUAAGAGAUGUGCCACUCCUAGAAUCCUCAUUUAUUUUAAUAGCCAAUGAUAAGACAAUGACCUUACUGCCCUAAAACCAGGCAGUAAAGAAACAUUUUAUGGCUCAGAUCAGAGGGAGAGGAAAAAAACACAGAGGAAUGGCUUAACUGAGCUCCUUGCAUUUUACUGCCGUUUACAUUUGAGGAUUUUUAGUCUGAUGUGGUAAAAGAAUGUGGUGAGUGACAUCUUCUGAAACACUGAUUAAAUAUUUUGUGGGAACAAGGAGCAAUAGUUUCAACGCAUCAUGCCGAACAUCAAUUAAGUGCUUCUUACUCACAUCCCUUUAAUUGUGCAUCAUCAUUGUUCUAAGAAAUUAACCUCUUAAGAUCUGCUUAUCAUUUCUAAUGACCCACUAGUUAAGCCAAGGAGUUUAGAUUGAUGUUCCCUUAAGACACUGCCUUUUCAGUACCUUUCCUUGUCUUUGUGGUUGAUGGUUUUUGCCAUCAAUCUGCCUUCUGAAUUUUACGGGUCCAUUCUUUAUAGGAAUAUACUUUUUUAUAUUGCGUUUUGGGAAUGCAGUCCUGGUUUGGGUUCUCCCAUAUUUAAUAAAGAAGAAAAAAAACUUUUUAUUUCAUUAUUUACAGUUUCAAGAAAUGUAACUGCCUUUUAUCCGUCUGUGUGAAAAACGCUGGAGAUUUCUGUAAAGAAAAAGAAAAAAGACGUUGUAUUGUAUUCAUCUUGGCCUUUGUAUAUAUAUAAACACAACAUUAUCAGCCG